CAGAGAGCAGGAGAGCUGUGGCGGCUAAAAGCAAUUCUGCUCUGAAUGCCUUUUUUCCUCUUCAGAACUGUGCUGCUAGAUGAGAAUAAGAGCUGAAAUGUAGACGUUCUUUAUAGAAACACAAAACAUUUUAUAGAUGCUACAUGUGGUUCAUUUGAUUCGUCUUUUCUUUUUGCCUAAAAUGAGGCUCAGAAAAAAGUUUUAGGUUGAAUAGAAACAAAGGUGAACUCUGACUAAGCUUAUUUGCAGUACACUGAACAGACAGUUGGGGGCGCAACUAGUUCGAGGUGCCAGCUGCAGAAAUCAACUAACAAUUUUGUUUUUUCAAACUACAUUAAAAAACUUAUUUUACUUUUUUCACAUAAGUAACAUUCAUAAAUAGAUGCAAACACUGCAACAUUAACUUGAAUCAUUACUCCAUUGAUUAAGAAUAACCCCAGACAAAAGAAUAUGGAUUAAACUAUUUAAUAAGGGAGGUGAUAUAAAGUAAAUAUAAUAUAAUAUUUUUCCCUGUCCCUUGAAGGGUAAAUGAUUAGAUCUGAAUAGUUUAAAUUAAUGUUAUUAUUGCGUUUAUUCUGGCUUGUUGGGACGCACACGCCUCCCACCUGCUCUCUCUCUUUCUCUCGCUGUCUAUAUUUCUCUACCUCUCUCUCUCUCUUUAAACACUUUUCUCUCAGCUUCCCAAGAUGGCGGCAGCCUCGUCCAUCCAGCCGCCGAGCGUUCACUCUUCUCUCAACCGGGAUAGCGUGCUCUCCCCGGACAUGGACAGCCCCGAAAGCCGGCAGCCGGAGGAUGAGGAGGCGGCGGGGGCCGCCGCAGCGCAGCCCUCCGAGCCGGGCGUCAGCCUCCGCGACCUGCCGGACCUGGACCCGGAGGAGAUCGAGAGGAGGCUGGCCAAAACUCGCCGGGAGCUGAGCAACAGGAGGAAAAUCCUCAUCAAAAACCUGCCGCCCGACACCUCCAACCAGGAAGUCCAUGAAAUUCUGAAAGAAUAUGAGCUGAAGUACUGCUUUGUGGACCGCAACAAAGGCACAGCCUUUGUGACUUUGCUGAACGGGGACCAGGCUCAGGAUGCCAUCCGCUCCCUCCACCACAGCACUGUCCGAGGACGCCUGAUCAACGUCACCCUGCAGCCCACAGAUUCCCUGCUCUGCCUCACCAACCUGCCCCACACCUUCACGGCGCAGCAGUUUGAGGAGUUGGUGCGCUUGUAUGGAAACAUCGAGCGCUCCUUCCUGGUUUAUAGUGAGCUAACGGGCCACUCCAAGGGAUAUGGGUUUGUCGAGUACAUGAAGAAGGACUCUGCUUCGCGGGCCCGCUCGGAGCUGCUGGGUCGACCUCUGGGGGAUCGGUCGCUGAUGGUUCAGUGGAUGGAUGUCAACCAGCUGAGCCAGGAGGAGAACCUGCACUCCAAGUGUCUGUGUGUGGACCGGCUGCCUCUGGACCUCUGCGACUCUGAGGAACUGGCCCAGCUCUUCUCUGAAACGUACAAACCAGUCUUCUGCCAGCUCGCCCAGGAUGAAGGGAGCCCAUUGAGAGGUUUUGGUGUGGUGGAGUACGAGAGCGCGGAGCAGGCUGAAGCUGUGCUGACGGAGAUGGACCGAACUCUGGUGGGAGGACAGGAAGUUCGUCUUUCGCUCUGCACCCCCGGCACCUCAGGGAGAAGCACCUUGGCUGCUCUCAUUGCUGCACAGGGUAUGAUUCUGAGUAACAGAAAAGGCUUACUACCAGAACCAAACCUGGCUCAACUGUUGACCAGUAUGACCAACCCAGCUGCCCUGCAGAUCCUUAUGAGGCCAUACCAGGGCGGGAAAAGAGGAGGAAAGUACGGGCGUAAUGCAGGCCUCCCGUUCCUCAGACCUCCUCUCACUGCUGCCCUCCUAACACUAGGAAAGGCUCACCAGAAUGCUAUGGUUGGUAAUGGACUUGUCCUCCAGAAUCUCCUCCACAUGCAGCUCGCGCAGCAGCAGCUUCUUCACAUCAAAGACAAGCGCAUCAGCAGUGUCACCAGUCUGCUUGGAGACCCUUCCAGGUUACUGAUGCAGAAAGCGUUGUCUCUGCGACCUCCAGGUCUCUUGCCGCUGGGGAAAGGCCUCCUGGGAGAUUCCCCUACAGAGUUACUCCAGGAGUCUGUGCCAAAUUCUACCCACAACUCUACAGUAGUGGUGUCUGCAGCAGGUGUGAUGCCAUACCUUCAGGGUCGAGGAGCAGGAACAGGCGGGGGAGACCAAAACCUCUCCCAUUCUGUGUCAACAACCCCUUCUGCUUCCUCCUCUUCCUGUCCCACCUCCUGCGACAGGCAGCCGGCUCCUCCCGGGACGAUGGGGAGCGCCCAGCCACAGGGGCAGACGUUCUCUUUGGGUAUAAGUAACUCAGGCCUUGGCCCGCCUCCACCUAAGCCCCCUGGAGGAGGGUAUACAUCAUCAGGCCAGCACAGCAGCUCAGAUGGUAACAGCCUGACUAACAUGGUAAACUGUGGUCAAAAUUCUUUAUUGGGCGAUCCUCCUAAAGAAGUGAGAUUGCCCUCCAAUCCUUACCUGAACUUGGCCAGCGUGAUGCCGGGAGUUGUUCUGCAAAACUCGGUGGCUAACAAGCCUCAGGGAGGACAGCCGGGCACCGGGAUCUACGGGGCCCCAGUGGCUCCUGUGGUCUCGCAGGGCGCUGCCUCAUUCUCCCACAGUGCGGUGGCUACAACCCCCGCCCCGUACAACUCCGACACCUCCUCCGACUUCACCCAGUACAACCAAGCCUACACGCAGGAGGCCAUGCACCAGUGGUACCAGCACUACCAGGCAGCGCAGGCACACACCUACAGUACCGCCGCCCCACAGGAUGGCACGGCCGCAGACUACAGCAAGGAGCACACACAGGUUCCUGCCGCCUCCACCUACGGGGAUUACACUACCUACAUGCAGGCUGUCACUCAGUACUACUCCCAGCCUGCAACAACCAACCAGGCCUUCGCCAGCAAGGAAGUGGAAGUGUGUAAGCCUUUGGGGGUCCCACUGCACGCAGUCAGUAAUGGUCCAGCACCUCCUCCCGCAGUCCUACCUGCCGCCGCCGUGCUCCCAGCCUACAGCACCCUGCCUUUAAUGCCCGGCUUCCUCGGAUCUCCACACCCACCUGCAGCUACACCCAGCUCCGUCACACAUGCACACACUGCAGCCACCGACUGGAACACGUAUUAUUAUAACCAGACCCGUGGCAUUAAGAGGGACUACCCUCAGCUAGCGGUGCAGGAGGCGCCGCCAUCGGAGGGCGCGUACAUCGGGCAGCACUCCCAGGGCCUGGGGGGGCAGUAUGCCGACUACUUCAAGAGGAAGAGGCUGUAGAGUGAACCAAAUGACCUUAAAGCCCACAGCUUCAGGAGGGAGACACAACCAGCUGGAUGUCACGGCUCCCUCUAGUGGCCUUUUCUGUGGCUGCCAUUGUGCGUCCCUGCAGUAGGUGUCAGGUUGUGUUGAGUCAGGGUUGCAGAUGGCCGGAGUGAAAACAAGCCAUAGUGCUCUUUGAUUUUGAAACUUUAGUACACUCUUUCACAGUAUUGCUUUUGUCUUGUUCAAGCCUUAACUAUUUAUCUUAAAUGUCAGUUUCUCUGUCACUGUUCCUAACUAAUAUUAUCCUGUACAUCUUUUUUUUUUUCAAACAUAAUCUAAGCUAAAGUAUAUUAUAUGUGUGUGUAGAAGCUGCUUUUGUAUUUGCAGGCAGCUGACCUGUCUGGAUGCUGAAACUGCCCCCCAGUUUUCCACGUCUUUUUUUUUUAAAGAAACUCAAAUUUGAUUCGUCAGUCAGGCUGACAUCCAUUUCUUCUAGCUUCACUGCCUUUUAUUACCCAGGACUCUCUCUAAACCUACCUGUGGGUGUGUGUGUAUGUGUGUGUUUUGUGUGUUGCUUUGCUGUUAUCUGUAGGAAGCGUCAGCCAUUUCUAUCCCAAGUUUUGGGAGAACAUCAGGAAAAAAAAGGGUCUAAAUCGAUCAAAUCCCUUAAUUUUGGUGAAUUAAAUGGAGUCCCUCAAUAGUUGGACUUUUCAGAUGUAGAUUGAGGGAAUAACUAAAUUAACUGCUGUGUAAAUAUCGCAGUGUAGUAUAGAAUAUAUAAAGCCAUGCGUAACAGACAAUAACACAUAAAAUAAAGGGCGUUUUGAUGCUCAUUUUUGAGUGUGGUGUACAACAGAAAAAAAUAUUCAGCGUCAGAUUUGCUUUGUCGAUCUACAAUAUACUCUUAUAUAUUUGUAAUAUAAUAUUCCGAGGCAGUUUAAGUAUUGUAUUAACAAUAAGUCCUGAUGAGACUUUAACGUAGUUAUUUGUUUUGUUUUGUACUGUUUAAGCCAAAUAUUCGGGUGCAGUUUUCCUCCUCUGCUGUUUUUGUUGUAAAUCAUUUUCUCUCUUUUUUUGUUUUACUGAAACUUUUGUUGAAUCUGUAACAGGAGCUUUAAUUUUAUAUUCAGCCGCCUCUUUCAUAAAGCUUUGAGACUGUAGAAAUGAUUCAAUGCAGAAUCACUGCACAGCUAAGAAAAAACAUCAAUGAGGAUUUUGCACGGGAACUGUUAAAAUAUUAAUGGUUGAAAGUAAUAAAAUGGCUCCAGGAGGCUCCCCAUCCCCGCCUUAAAAUAUAUUUGUUUUAUUUGUAGAAAAAUAAUUCAGCAGUUCCAUUGAGCGAUUGAAUUAGCUCUGACAUUUAGCAGUUUAAUUGGAUUUGCACAAUGAACAUACAGUUCUGGUACACUCAUCAGCAUGAAAAUCAUGUUUAUUUGUGGGUUUUAAUGAUUUACUUGAACUGUUUGUUUUUUUUAAUCAAAUUCCUGGGUGAUGUAAAUUCAGUUAUUAUUUUCAUUUGAUAAAAAUGUUUGUUCCUGAAUUGAACAUUUCCACUAGUAUUUAUAUUUUGCAGGAAACUCCUUGCCAUCACCCUAAUAGCCACCAUAACCUUUACAAACUUGCCAUCAGUUUGAAAUCUGGACUGGGUCGCUCCAAACAUUAAACAAACUUCUGGUCAGAAGAAACAUGUUGAUAAAAUUAAAACAUUGUGUUUAAAUCAGCAGGAUCAGGAUCGCACAUCCAGCUUGCCGCAAGUUUUGACCAGCCAGAAGGAACGUCUCACUGUUUUACUAACAAUGAUGGAAUGUAAGCUUGUGGUCAGAACUGUAUGUUAAACAACAAUGUGCAAAACUUUCCUCUUAAUUUAUUUGACCAGUUUAGUAGCAGUAGAGUCAACCAGAUUAUUUUUUUUCAUGUGAUUAAGAUAGUUUGCAAGAGUUUUUCUGUAUUUAAAGUUGUAGGAUGAAUGAAAUCUAGACUCUUUUUUUUUUUUUUUUUUUUUUUUUGCACAGUUAAAACCAGAUAUUUACAUACACUGUACAAAAAAAAAAUACAUAAACUUCUUUCUCUGACAUUUAUUUGGACUAAAUCAGCAAUGUUAAUCUUGCUUUAUAUGUCGCUUCUGAAAUAAUGACUUCCUCCUUGCUGGAUGGCCUUUCAGUCCAUGUUGGUAGAAAACACGUCUCAUUGUGUAUAAUGACACGUUUACCAGCUGGAGCCGGCAUCGCCACAGACUCUUCUGCUUUUGGUCUGCAGUGAGACCAAAGCACUGUAAGCCGUCUCCUUCCUGAACAGUGUGACGGCUGGGCGUGUUCUGGGUGUUUAUAGUUGUGUGUAAUUGUUUGAACAGAUUAAUGCGGCACCUUCAUUCGUCCGGAAACUGUAACCAAGGAUGAUCCAGGCGAGUAGAGCUUUUUCUGAUACGUUGGCAGAUUUUAUUUAUUUGUUUUUUUACUUUGAUGGAUGCAGCGUGUUUGAGGUGCUGCUUUAUAAUCAGAGGCUUUCAAAGCCGUUUUACAGUCUGGACUUUCCCAAAGUAUUUGAAAGUGCAGCAAUUUUGGUGUAUGCGAUCUGAAACAGGAAACGCAUUGCUUUUGUUGGACAGUGUAUGUAAAUAGCUGGUUUAAUCUGGGUAUAAUGCUUUUUUUUAAAAAAAAUGUAUUCCUUGCAAAAAUGAUUUGAGUUAGUUUUUGGUAAUAUUGUAAAGCCAGUACACAGAAAGCUUGUAUAAUGAGAGCAAGAUUGUUUUUAAUCACAGUUUGAACAUUAAACUUUAAGUGCACUGACUUUAAAAAAAAAAAAAGGCAAUAACCAAGGCUCCAACUACUGUCAAAGGAUGAAUGUAUAAGGUUUUUAUUUGAAGUCUUCAGCCAUUCUAAACUGGCACUGGUUUAUACACAUUGUUACAGCUUUCUCAUUUUUUCUAUCUCUAUUUUUUAUGUCUUUGCAUUUUGCGUAUACAUUUCAGAAUUUUGUAUCUCUGAGAACAAUAUCACUUGUAUUGCCAUGGCAGUAACACACACUGUGAAAACCAACAACAAUGGCACAAGCAAAAGCAAACCCAGAUGUGUUUGUCACUGCAGGUCGGAUCGACGUGACGUUUACAUCCACACAGAAAUAACGGGAGAUCAGAAAGCUGAGAUUCAGGUAUUCUUAUAAGGUGUUCAACUUGUAAUGAGGGUCAUUUUGGUCCAGUAAAUAAAAAUAAUGACCUACCAAAAGUGAACCAGGUCACACAUCAUUCCCCUGCAGGUCAUCAAAAAAUAAUAAAACCCACAUUGAAAAUAACUGCUGUAGAACUCCUUUUAUAAAGAAGAUUAGAGCACCACAUUUCUUUUUUUUUUAAUAUUGAUUCUCAGUUCAGCGUAAGUUGUGGCAAAAUUUUAAAUGAAUAAAUGGUUUACUGUAACUGCAUGGCAAAUAACAGCUGGUAAUUGUAAUAUCUGAAAUGGAGAAUCUACGGGUUACAAAAUAAACUGUGCUGUUCUUUUAACAUAAACUCUUAGCAUGUGAUACGGUGCAGUAAUGUAAGCAGACAAAGCGCCUUGCAAAAGUUUUCCUACCAUUGGAAUGUUUUCCAGUUUGUUUGUUUUUUAACCAUAAAAUUACUAACUUCAAUGGAUUUCAUUAGGAUAAAUGGCUUUCAAAAAUAAAAAAAACUGGAAAGUGUGGUGUGCAUUUUCAUUUAGUCCGUUUGAGUCGUUACAUUGUGAAACCAUUUUUCACUGUGGUUACUGCUGGUCUCUCUACCAGCUUUGCAUAUUGAUUGAAAUUUGUGUUUAUUCAGUUCGUGUCCAUUUUUUAUAUAUAAGAUCUAGGUCUGGACUUUGACUAGGCCAUUUUUACAGACUAAUAUGCCACUCUAUCUCUGGCUGAAUGUUUAUGGCUUUUAUCCUAUUGAAAGGUGACAUCAGUACAUUGAAGUUUGUGGAUGGUAGGAGUAGAAAUACUUUUGCAAGCCACUGCAACAGCAUGAAAGAAUUUAUACUUCCUGUUUAGAACCUUGUAAGCAUCAAAUUAGCUGGUCAGUUAUACGGAAUUUACUGCCAAAAAAACCUGGGUUUUUAAAUGUGCAUACAAGUUUCAUGCAAUAACUGGAAAUAUAUAUAUACAUAUUUUGGUGUCUGA